GGUAUCAGACAAGAAUUGUCCCAUGUAGAGAAAAAAAAAGUUCUAUAAUACAAGAAAACCAAAACAAAUUGCCUGUUAAAUAAUCGUCAGAUCACAAAGUUUCAACGAAACCCAGUUCAACUUGUUUUUUGUUUUGUUUAUUUAAAAGAUAGAAAGAGGCAAAGAGCAUGAACAAGAAGUCACUGUCAGAGACGAGUUAACGCCUCACGGCUCGGUUGCCUUGGAUAUUGGCUUUAUUGUAAGGUGCUCUGGUUUUCGUCAUUGCCUCCGCUGAAGUAAUCAGAAUUCUUGAUUUAUUGAUUUAUUCAAAAGUUUGAAUUUGAUUAUUGAAGGCUGAAGUGAAAACUUCAUUUCGAAGUAGUUAAAUUCUGGGAUUUUGGUGGUCAGAAUACAACUUAUUUGCUUUUAGAAAGUUGUCGCCUUUUGCAGAGCAAAGGAUAUAUUCACAAGAUUUCUGAUUGAACGGCAUAGACAAUUUGGUGCUACAUAGAACUGGAUAGUAAUGGAGGGAAAUGAAAUUGUCGAGUCUGAAAAAAUACUUGGUUUGCCUCCUGCCCUGCCUUUAACUGUUGGAAUAGCUAUCAAUGGAAGAAGUAAAAGUAAAUAUGUAGUGAAUUGGGCAUUGGAGAAUUUCAUUCGCGAGGAAAAGGUUGUGUUCAAGUUGUUACAUGUCCGCCCAAAGAUUACCGCUGUCCCUACACCAAUGGGCAAUUCCAUUCCUAUAUCACAAGUACGUGAUGAUGUAGCGGCAGCUUAUAAGCAAGAAAUGGAGUGGCAGAGAAGUCAAAUGCUUCUUCCCUUUAAGAAAACUUGUACUCGGAGAAAGGUGCAAGCAGAUGUAAUCAUAAUUGAGUCGGAUGAUGUGGCCAAUGCAAUAGCUGAGGAAGUAGCUAAGUGCACUAUCAAGAAGCUUGUUAUAGGAGCUUCUUCUCGUGGCUUGUUUACGAGGAAACUCGAGGGGAAUAUUCUGUCCUCUAGAAUCUCUACUUGCAUCCCACUUUUUUGUACGGUGUAUGUUGUUUCAAAAGGAAAAUUGUCAUCCAUCCGACCAUCUGACUUGGAGACGAAGGGAAGUAUUGGAGAUGACACUAGUGUCACUAGUUCUUCUACUAAUAGUAAUAGCUCAACAAGUCACAUUCUGAGCUUUCAAACAGAUGUCUCAGUUGGCUCAUGCUGCCAAUUCCAUUCUCCUUCUUUACCGAUGCAGCGCUUCCAAGCUCUCUCAACUAUAAACCAGGGCCUUCUUCACGCAAGAACAAAUUCCAUUAAAACCAAUCAUUCCAGACGCCAGUCUCUGGACACAGAGGAAGGGAAAUACAGAGCAAGUUCUUAUCCCAGUAGUUCGGAAAUUGGAAAUACACUCAGCCGGAGUUCCAGUUGGAAAAGCUUGCCAACUGAUUACCAGUCAUGGGUUUCUGAUCAAGCUUCCUCCUCAGAUGCACUUACAGUCACAGAUUUUUCAUCUGCAAGUGAGAAAAAUAUUGACUUUGAGCUAGAAAAGCUGAGGAUUGAACUUAGACAUGUCCAAGGAAUAUAUGCUAUGGCUCAAAGCGAGGCUAUUGAUGCUUCUCGUAAGUUGAAUGAUCUUAAUAAACGCCGUCUUGAGGAAGCAAUAAAGCUCGAGGAAAUAAACCAUAGGGAGGAGGAAGCUAAAGAAUUAGCAAGACAGGAGAAGGAAAGGAGUGAAGCUGCAAAACGGGAAGCUGAAUACAUGAGGGAAUGUGCUGAAAGAGAAGCUUCACAAAGGCAAGAAGCUGAGCUUAAAGCCAUGCGUGAAGCCAGAGAAAGGGAAAAGCUUGACAAUGUUCUCUCUGGUACAGUGCAGCAAUACCAGAAGUUCACAUGGGAAGAUAUUGUGUCUGCAACCUCAUCAUUCUCAGAAAAUCUUAAAAUUGGGAUGGGAGCAUAUGGAACUGUCUACAAGUGUAGUUUGCAUCACACGACUGCAGCAGUGAAAGUUCUUCAUUCAAAAGAGAAUCGCAAUUCUAAGCAAUUUCAGCAGGAGCUUGAUGUCUUAAGUAAAAUUCGUCACCCGCACUUACUUAUCCUCCUUGGUGCUUGUCCUGAUCAUGGUUGCCUAGUUUAUGAGUAUAUGGAGAAUGGUAGUUUGGAAGAGAGGCUACUGAGGGUGAACAAUACACCAUCCAUCCCAUGGUUUGAAAGGUACCGAAUUGCUUGGGAAGUAGCCUCAGCUCUUGUUUUUCUUCACAACUCCAGGCCAAAGCCAAUCAUUCAUCGGGAUCUGAAACCUGCUAAUGUCUUGCUUGAUCGUAACUUUGUAAGCAAAAUUGGUGAUGUUGGGCUUUCAACAAUGCUUCAUUCAGAUGCUUCCUUCGCAACCACUAUGUCUAAAGACACAGGGCCAGUUGGGACGCUUUGCUACAUAGAUCCUGAGUAUCAAAGGACUGGCUUGAUUUCUCCAAAAUCUGAUGUUUAUGCCUUUGGGAUGGUAAUUUUGCAGCUGCUGACUGCAAAACCAGCAAUAGCACUCACACACAUAAUGGAAACAGCUAUUGAGGAUGGUAAUUUGGCGGAGAUUUUAGAUUCAUCAGCUGGGAACUGGCCAUUUGAAGAGACAAAACAAUUGGCUUUACUGGGACUAAGUUGUGCAGAGUUGCGCCGUAAGGACAGACCUGACUUGAAAGAGCAAGUACUUCCUGCACUUGAGAGAUUGAAGGAAGUUGCUGAUAGAGCCCGGAAUAUAAUUUCCAGUGCUCAAUGCACACCUCCUAACCACUUCAUCUGCCCAAUACUUAAGGAUGUAAUGAUGGAGCCUUGUGUUGCUGCUGAUGGAUACACUUAUGACCGCAAAGCAAUCGAAAAAUGGCUCGAAGAGAAUGAUGAAUCACCAAUAACAAACCUGCCUUUGUCAAAUAAGAUUGUCUUACCAAAUUACACACUUCUGUCUGCAAUCAUAGAGUGGAAGUCCAAUAACAAAUAAUUGACUUCCUCCUGUUCACUGUUCAAGUGGCACAUGAAGGAGAAUUUUGUAAAGAUCCCUAGCUUGAAUUGAAUGGUUUUUUUUUUUUUUUUUUUUUUUUUUGGGGGGGGGGGG